UUCGCCCGUAGAUACUAGUCUACACUAUCUGGAAAGGAGCUAGAAAUCUGGACUGUCACAAGCCGACCGUUGGUCUAGAAUACCUGGACAGGUGCCCAGGUACCUAGUCACAGCGGACAGUGCUACGAGCAUUAUGGCCAGACAAGUAUUCUAAUGAAGACCUCAUUCAGACCGGUGGCGACUGACUUGAGCUUCCGCCCAAUCCAUGGGCCACGGCCUGUUGAAGAAUGACUGCAUCGACUUGAUGUCUGGACAACAGGCACCUCAGGACACGACAUGGACUCUGCCGCGCCAGUACGUUUGGUUGUGCCGAGCCCGGCCCCGCCAGCUCGGUCCAGGCACCUUUUAAGGUCCAGCAAUUGAGCCCCGCCAUUGAGGACCCCGCGGCUCCGGAGGUCGGGUCGGGCACUCGCAGGGGAAUGUUUAAGUCGAUGAUGAUGAUGAUAAUGAGCCGAGGUGAAACCCUCACCCACCACUCCUUGCCAAAAUUGUAGCGGCAGCUAGGUCGAUCGGCUCUGCCCUCGUCAACACCCAAUCCCGACACCACCUGCAUCAUCAAGAAGGAGGCAGAAAGUUACACACAGCCAAAAUGUUCACGGGCAUCGUCGAGGAGAUCGGGGUCGUCGCCGCGCUCAACCCUCACGACGAGACAGGCGGCACCUCCCUGACCAUCAACCUGCCCGAGGGCUCCAGCCUGCUCUCAGACUGCCACGAGGGCGACUCCAUCGCCGUCAACGGCGUGUGCCUGACCGUGGUGACCUUCACGCCCAAGGAGCCCGUGCCCUCCUUCACCGUGGGCGUCGCGCCCGAGACCCUGCGCGUCACCAACCUCGGCACCCUGGCCACCGGGUCGCGGUGCAACCUGGAGCGGGCGGUGCGCGCCGACACGCGCAUGGGCGGCCACUUUGUCCAGGGCCACGUCGACACCACCGCCGAGAUCGCCGAGCUGCGGCCCGACGGGAACGCCGUCACCAUCCGCUUCAAGCCUGCGAAGCGUGACGUGCUGCGGUACGUCGUCUACAAGGGCUACGUCGCCCUCGACGGCACCAGCCUCACCGUCACCAAGGUCGACGACGUCGAGGGGUGGUGGGAGGUCAUGCUUAUCGCCUACACCCAGGAGAAGGUCGUCAUCGCACAGAAGAAGGCCGGCGAUACCGUCAACGUCGAGGUCGACAUGAUGGCCAAGUAUGCCGAAAAGUCAAUCCUCUUCUCCGGCGAGGGCGGCUCGUUCCCCUUCAUCAAGGAGGUCGAGAAGACGGUAGAGAGGAUUGUUGCCCAAGGGCUGGGGGGGCACGCCACCUGAGGCCAACGCACUAGACAUUGGUUCGGUCAACCGCGCUUGUAAGACAAUGGUGUGUUUUCCUGUGUCUAUAGACAUGCCUCAAACCACCUGCAUCAUCAACUUCAAAGCUCGGCCCAGACCUCGGCCACUUUGGUACUCAGCGCCUUGCCAAUCUGCAGGUUCCUGACUGCGUGGUUCCCUAACCUGCUGAAUACCAACUCCUGCUUCCUCUUCUUGCCGGCUUCCCCAGCACCGCACUGCUCAUAUGCCUUGACGAAUUCGUUGGGCGUCUUCCAAAUCUUCUGUAUUUGCAUCGCCUUCUCUCCUGUGAUCCCUCGUGUGCACAUGAGCAUCUUCAGGAAGAGGUCUCUUAGGGUCAGCGAGCCAGACUUGGACGCCAACGAGGCAAAGGCGUCGUAGCUGAUGUAAUAAUCUGUCCCCGGUUGCGUCUCCCUCAGAUGUUUCAAGAGAGGGAGGUAGUUGUUUCCUGUGAUGACCGUGGUGGGUAUCACCCGCAGAGGCUGGCUCUCGUAUCUCUUCUUUAGCAACUCCGUCAUCCUUGCGAGGUAGCGGAUAGUAUCGUCCAUGUUCUGCGUCUUCUUCACAGUGAAGCCAUUAACCACCUGCGUCGACGCGAUCGCGGUCUGCACGCUUUCCUCAUAUUUGGAGAAGUGUUCCCGGUCCAGAGAGAUCUCCUCCACGAUGUAGGUGACGUGUCGAACUCCAGACCUCUUCAGGCGGAACUUCUGCUCGCGGAACCGGCCAUCCUUUAUGCUCCCAAUCAGAUCGUCCAGUCGCUUCCGCUCCACGAUGUAGUCGAGCACAACUUCGUCGCCUUCGGCGCCGCCUCGGCGGAGGACCUCGGGGUCAUGGCAUUUUGCUACCCACUGGGCGUCUCCCAACUCCAGGCUACGCAUUAUGGGCCUGACGCCCUUCUUCUUCAGUUCUUCUUGCAUGUAGUCUCUGUCUGUUUUCGCCCGGAUCUCUCGCACAUCCAGCACCAGGUGGACCGUGAAGGAGCCGGGAUUCAGCCUGAUUGUAGUGAAGGGCGGCAUUGAGGAGUUUUCCGAGAGGACGGGACCGUCAGGAACUACAUUGCCAACAUCCGGUCUCCCCUGGACAGGAAAGUCGCCGGUUCCUUGGUCAAGAUCGUCAUCGAUAGCCAGUGACGCCACUUGAGGUCGAGGUUCAGUCGAGUUAUGAGCAGAAUCAUUCGUCCUCUCUUUGGUGUCGCCGACGUUGUUCGCGUUUACCUCUUGAAUCCUUCUCGCGACAUCCCGACCCUCUUCGGUCAGGGCGUACCUUUUGGCAGGUCUCCCCCGCUCGUAUACGAGUUCUUUCGAGGUCAAGGUUUUUAUAGAACUCCAGGCCGUGUAGAAUUUUCCAGGCUCCAUGGCCGUGAAAGAAGAGUUGCAAUGUGGCUGGGCCUUGUCGAUCAGGUCCAACUUUGACAUGCCCUCUGGUCCAUUCUCCGGGAUGCUGGAUAAUGCGACGAUGAUGGCAUAUGCGCCAGACCGGAAUGCAGGCACAUACUGUUUAGUCUUGCGGGGUUUCUUGGGAGCCGGUGCGGGCUCUUCCUCUUCCUCGUCGUUGUCCUCACCCCCUUGUCCAGUUCCUGCGCCUUUGCGCUUUCUAGACUUUGACGGGCGUUGGGGCAUCGGCAGGCCAUUUUCUCUGCAAUAGUUCUCAAGCUUUUCCGUGAGCCUCCUGGUAAGGGUCUGGCCAAAGAACUGCAGCUCCGUCAGCUCUGAGGGAUGUUGAAAGACCUUGGGACAUUUCUUCAACGAGUUGUAAGCUUUCCUGUACGUAUUGACGCCCUUGGUGUUCUUUUCCCUGGCGUCGUCGUACCACUCCUUUACCCAGGAGAGUAGCAACGCGUUGGGGCUAUCCUCGUCGGACGGCAUGAUGAAUCAUCGAGGGUAGCAACCUCGGAGCGAGCAGGGCCAGAAGAGAAGGAAUUGAAUGGAAUGAGAACCUUUGCGAGAAAAAGAAAAUCAAAACAAUGCAAUGCGUGUGGCUCAGCAAAUCUUCAAAAUCAGCCGUGCAGGCAACGGAAACGAGGCGCUGCUGCUGGGCUCUAAGAGCGAUGCGAUAUGAUGCGAUGUCAUCUGGGAGACGCGUUCACGCGUUGUAUGUACUGUCCUG